AUGAAAAGGCCAGUAUCCCCUUGCGAACCUGAAGAAACUUUGGAAGAGCAACUCACCGCUCUCAAAACUGCACGGCAAGAAAGAAGUUCACCAAUGUUUUGGUUCAAUUUCUCACCAGUUGAGAUGUUGAAAGAGGAACUGUUCCAUCUCAAAACUACAGUUCGUGUUAUGCAGGAAAACAUGACAACCGUUGGAGCUUUGGAGGUAAAGAUCCUUCAAGCUGGCUUACCAGCGGGCUUGCUUGGUAUCUCAGCAGGAAAUGUUGAGCUGAUCUACCCUGUCAUGACGGAUCAAACAAAAGAAACCACUCUAUUGAAACACGAGAUUCACCAUCUAUCAGUUGCAGUUGAAGAUAUCACGGCGGCGGCAAGCCUCGAAUACCAACAUACCAGAGCGCAUGAGAUGGCUAUUCAGAAGCUUGCAGAUGCCUCUACAGCCCACCCCCGUGUUGAUGUCCGACGCGAGAUAGAGAUGUUCAGUGAAGAGCGUUAUUUUCAUCAUCAACAUCAGCCAAAUUCUACUUAA